AGUUGGAAAAUUCCUCGCAAAGGCCCAAAAUUUUAAUUUUGGCAAAAUUAUGCAAAACUCCAACGGAGAUCCUACGCUUCUGGGCACAAUCCCGUUGGAUCACAUUGCACAGAGGAAGGAUGAAAUCGUAAGGGUUUUGGAAAAAAGGACACUCGACCUCUUGGCCUUCACGUACUCUUAUAGCCCUGAAAAUGCAAAGGAAAUAAACAAGACGUUAGAGGAGGACUUGGAUAACCUCCUCUUCAAUGUGCAUAAAAAACUUGCUUAUCAGAGGCUCUAUGGAGAUGGAAAAAAUGAGCAACAGCUGGAAAAGUUGGUUGAAGAAGUAGAAGGCUGUCAUGCUCGUUUCAUGAAGGUGAAGGAAGCCAAUCCAGAUGCCGAAAAUGUGGCAAUUAUACACAUAUUUGGAAUCAUGGAACUAGAAAAGAGGGUGAAGCAAUCACUGAAUGAAUUGGAAGUUGCAAAAAAGGCAUACGAUGACCUUCAAAACAACUGUAAGAGAUUGCUAGAAAAUUCGGUUCACUUGAGGAAAAUGCUCUCAAAUUUGAAGGAACAGAGUAGGGAGAUUUUCUUUAAGCACGUUAGGAUUGCAUCUUUAAUCGAUGAGGUUUGCCGAUAUGAGGGCAAAUACAUGAAAGAUGCACUAGCAGACAAGGUCCAUAUGGCAUGUUUAUCGCAGGCGGCGUCAGAGUUACCCGUGGAUUCGUGGUUCACAAGGAUUUGUAAGUACCAAGAGGCACUUGAAGAGAUAAAAAAUGAAGCACUAAAAUCACAGUCGACACUUGAAAAACCUCUCAAUCCCGAACAGGAAAAAUAUGUGCAUGAUGAAAUCACAAAGAAUGGUAGUCUUAUACACCAACUGUCAAAGGGAGCACAAGCACUAAAAGAAUCCAUAAAUGAACAUAGUGUCUCCAGCUAAGCUAAGGUUGCAGAGAGAACUCUGUCAACUCGAACUACCAGAUGGUG